AUGUUCCGCAAGGCGCGGCGCGUGAACGUGCGGAAGCGGAACGAGUCGGAGGAGGACGAAGAAGAGCGGGACGACGAGGCGCCCCAGUCGCAGCCGCCGCCGCCGCCUGCGCCAGGAGGAGACGGGCCUGCGGCUGAGGCCCCUCAGCCGCUCCCGAGGCCGCCCCUCCUGCCGCUCCCCACGGGCUGCGUCCCUCUCGUCUCUCCCGCGGGCGGCGGAGGCCCCGGAGGCUUCGCUUAUGGCGGCGCCGAGGCGGUCGGCCGGGGAAGCCCGGCCCUGACGGCCCCGCCGCCGGCCCUGCCCCCGCCGCCGCCGCCUCCUUCGCAGCAGCCGCCCCCGGCUGGAAACAACGGCUUCGUGUCGGCGGCUUCGAAGGCCAAGGAGCGCCGGAACAAGGGCAAGGAGGCGGCGGGGCCUCCGCCGCGCGGCAGCCUCAAGCUCCUCAGCUUCCAGGACGAAGAAGAGGAAACUGAGGAUGUUUUUAAAGUGAAGAAAUCAAGUUACAGCAAAAAAAUAGUAAAGCUGCUUAAAAGAGAAUAUAAAGAGGAUCUUGAAAAAUCUAAGACAAAAGUGGAUUCUAAUUCUUCAGCUGACGCUGAACAGUUGGUCGACAAAACAGGGCAAAUUAAAGAUGCAGUUCAAGAAGAUGGGACUGCAAAUAGUGAACAAGGAGAAGAGGAGAUGGAAGUUGAAAGUGAGAAGGAAGAAGAAAAACCAAAAGCUGCAGGAGCUUUCUCAAGUGCUUUGUCUUCUCUGAAUGUUCUGCGUCCAGGAGAAAUCCCAGAUGCUGCUUUUAUUCAUGCUGCUAGGAAAAAGCGCCAGAUGGCUCGCGAGCUUGGGGACUUCAUACCCCUUGACAAUGAUCCUGGGAAAGGGCGCCUUGUUAGAGAAGAUGAAAAUGAUGCCAGUGAUGAUGAAGAUGAUGAUGAAAAACGAAGAAUAGUCUUUUCAGUGAAAGAAAAGUCUCAGAGGCAAAAGAUUGCAGAGGAAAUAGGUAUCGAGGGAAGUGAUGAUGAAGCUCUAGUUGCUGGGGAACAGGAUGAAGAACUCAGUCGAUGGGAGCAAGAGCAGAUACGUAAAGGCAUUAAUAUACCUCAGGUUCAAGCAAGUCAGCCUGUUGAAGUGAAUAAUCUGUAUUACCACAAUACCUACCAGGCAAUGCCUUAUGGGUCCUCUUAUGGCAUUCCUUACACAUAUGCUGCUUAUGGAUCUUCGGAGACAAAGUCUCAAAAAACAGAUAACACAAUUCCUUUCAAAACUCCCAGUAAUGAGAUGACUCCUGUUUCUAUUGAUUUGGUAAAGACGCAGCUUAAAGACAGGUUGGACUCAAUGAAAGAGUUUCAGAAUGCAAAUCAGCAACAACAUGAGAAGCAUCAGCAAAGCCGUGAUGACUCUAUCAAGACAAUUGAAAGACUGGAAGGGUCUUCUGGGGGUAUUGCUGAACGGUAUAAAUUUCUGCAAGAAAUGCGAGGGUAUGUCCAAGACUUGCUUGAGUGUUUCAAUGAAAAGGUGCCCCUGAUUAACGAGCUCGAGUCAUCAAUGCACCAGCUGUACAAACAGCGAGCUUCCCGCCUUGUCCAAAGACGACAAGAUGAUAUUAAAGAUGAAUCUUCGGAGUUUUCAAGCCAUUCAAGUAAAGCACUGAUGGCACCAAACCUUGACUCUUUUGGUCGAGACAGAGCACUGUACCAAGAACAUGUAAAAAGACGGACUGCUGAAAGGGAGGCUAGAAGAGCUCGUCGCAGACUUGCUAGAGAGCAAUCUGGGAAGAUGACUGAUCACCUUGAAGGCCUUUCUAGUGAUGAUGAAGAAACUUCAACAGAUACUACCAACUUCAAUAUGGAGCGAGAUCGCAUUUUGAAGGAGUCCAGCAAAGUUUUUGAAGAUGUGUUAGAAAACUUUUACUCCAUUGACUACAUUAAGUCACAGUUUGAAGCCUGGCGUUCCAAGUAUUUCUCUUCUUACAAGGAUGCAUACAUUGGCCUUUGUCUACCGAAGCUGCUUAAUCCUUUAAUAAGACUUCAGUUACUUACUUGGAACCCUUUAGAGGACAAGUGCCCGGAUUUUGAAAGCAUGUUAUGGUUUGAAUCAUUGCUGUUUUAUGGAUGUGAAGAACAUGAACAAGAGAAAGAUGAUGCUGAUGUUUCACUGUUGCCUACUAUUGUGGAAAAGGUGGUUCUGCCCAAAUUAACAGUACUUGCUGAAAAUAUAUGGGAUCCCUUUUCUACAACACAAACAUCUAGAAUGGUAGCCAUUACCCAGAAACUAAUAAAUGGGUAUCCUUCAGUGAUACACGCAGAGAACAAAAACACACAGAUGUUACUGAAAGCCCUUUUGCUUAGAAUGAGGAGAACGCUAGAUGAUGAUGUAUUCAUGCCUCUUUAUCCCAAAAACGUUUUAGAAAACAAGAACUCUGGUCCUUAUUUGUUUUUCCAGAGACAGUUUUGGUCUUCAGUGAAGCUACUAGGAAACUUUCUGCAGUGGCAUGGAAUCCUUUCCAACAAAACUCUGCAAGAACUGUCAAUAGAUGGCCUGCUAAAUAGAUACAUCCUUAUGGCUUUUCAGAAUUCUGAGUGUGGAGAUGACAGCAUUAAGAAAGCGCAACAUGUAAUCAGCUGCUUUCCUAAACAGUGGUUCACUAAUCUUAAAGGAAAUAAAACAAUAUCACAUUUAGAAAAUCUCUGUAGAUACCUUGUUCAUCUUGCUGAUACUGUAUAUCGUAACAGCAUUGGAUGCUCUGAUGUAGAAAAAAGAAAUGCAAGGGAGCAUAUAAAACAGAUAAUAAAACUUCUUGCAAGUAUUCGAGCACUGGACCAUGCUGUAAUAGUUGCAAAUGAGCAUAACAUGAAAGAGUUAAAAAUUUUAAUUGAGGGGAAAUAAAUAUUGUCAGAAUUCUGGACUUCAAAAAUCAUUCCUGAAGUGUAAUUUUGUACAUAUGUAAAGUUUUCUUAAAUCUGUAAACAAUUGGCUGUUUUUAAUACAAGUGCAUUCUUAUACACAACAUCUGUAACUAGUAUUUGUGUCUUUAAGAAAGCUGGAAAGAAU